UUUCAAAUAUCAUCUACACAGACUACUGUCUAUUCCACGUUCAUAUGGCUUCUACUUACAGUUCCACUGGUGCACUAUCCUCCAUAAUACUCCCUCUGAUGGAGGCUCUACUUCCUGGGUUUAAUUUUCUUUCCUCUUUGACUUCCUUUGCUUUCUAUCCGUAUGUUUCAUCCUACCUGCGCGAUUUUGUGUUCUUUAUUGCUUUCAUCCUUGGACGUUGGAGCUACAUGGAGUUAGUUUUACGGGGCCGUGCGAAAGAGAUGGCGAUACCGAGCUAUGAUAAUUUCUAUCGAAGCGCGAUAAUAUGGAUAUCUCGUCAGCCAAAGUUGAGCAAGACGGACCAGUUUGUUGUCAGCACGAAAGCGAGUUUUUCCUCCCCGUGGGACGACGGCGAUAAAAACAACGAUCAAUACGACGAUGACCUCAAGGACAUCCUAGACGAUGAGCGGUUGUUUGAGCAUAACCCACGAGAAUACUGGUUGAAGAGAAGGUGUCGGGAUGCACAUGGAGGACUCAAGUCUACACCGUCACAGGGUCCUAUCCAUUGGUUUAGCUACAGAGGACACAAGGUUGGAUUCCAACGACGCGUAUCCAAGGAAUCGGGUGGUCCAUGGUUCGCUGCUCCGGAAACACUGAUUUUCUACACUCGCGAUGAUCGAUGCGUCCUCGGUGACAUCAUGCAUGAUAUCCGGGAAACCCCCGUCAACAAGAACCCUCGCGAUGUCAUUGUCUAUACCGGUCUGAGCCAGCCUCUGUCGUGGGUGCCGAUGGCGACGAAAGCGCCACGAUUCCUAUCCUCAGUGGUUUUGGAUCAGAAGGUAAAAAUGGACAUUGUGAACGAGGUGACGGACUUCUUUCACCCCCGAACUGAGCCAUUUUACAAGGAACGUGGCAUUCCCUAUCGAAAAGGCAUUGCCCUAUACGGUCCGCCAGGUACAGGGAAGUCAAGCCUGUGUCAUGCCAUCGCCAGCAUGUUGUGUAUGGAUAUAUAUACUCUCUCUCUAGGCUCCUCUGGACUUAACGACAGCACCCUCUCCGUUCUAUUCCAAAAAUGUCCGGAGCGUUCCAUUGUUCUCUUGGAGGAUAUCGAUGCCGCCGGUGUGCCGAAACGCGGUGGUGAUAUCUCUUCUCAGCCAAGCCAGGAGGCGACCGACGGGGUUGAGAAAGCUAAGACGCACGAUACCGGAUCAGCACAGGGAAAUAUCUUUCUCUCAGGCUUAUUGAACGUGAUUGAUGGCGUGGCUGCGAAAGAAGGUCGCCUUCUUUUCAUGACUACCAAUCACAUUGACCGUCUGGACCCUGCUCUUUUGCGUGCAGGGAGAGUUGACAUGAAGGCUUUUAUCGGCUAUGCGGAUGAUCUUAUGGCUCGAGAGCUUUUUUACAAGCUUUAUUUGGUCCCUAGGGAUACACAGUUUAUGGCGGUCCGACAAGAAAAUGGCACCAUCCAACCGUUAUCUGAACCAGCCUCCGAUGAAUGGGCACCGAACGACCUUGAUCGUCUAGCGAAUCAAUUCGCCAGCAACAUUCCUCCGGGUUGGUUCUCGCCCGCCUCUUUGGAAGGAUACCUGCUACGGCACAAACAUGAUCCUGUUUUCGCAGCCUGCAGCGUUAAGGAAUGGGUAGAUCAGGAGAUCAGCUCCUUCAAAAUUGGUCCCAACAGGUAGAAAUACUGACUCUGGAUGCAGGACGGAAACAACUUGACGCUUCAUUAUCAUCCAUAGCUAGAUUGCUAACCCACCAGAAGAAAACAUACUAUCUCACGUCGCACGAACUCGUUUUGGGUCUCCUAUCUCUGGCUGACAUAGUCGUCGUUUUAUGGCUCGUGGUCGCUGCAAAGUCGGCCGACAUUUCAAUGUCGAGCGGUGAAAGUCGAUGAUUAGCACGCGCCCAAGCUCUUCAUUCCAUAGGACAUUAUCACGCCGAAGGUCUUUAUGGACCAUCCCAAUUUCCUUGUUUGAUUUGCGAAUCUCCUCGAGAAGCUUAGGCGUCAGCUCCUUCGAUGCCGUACUCUCUCCCCCCCAGAGCAUAUGGCGAUUCUCUCCAGCCCCGUGGAGGAAUUAAGUUUUCGCCAAGUCAAUCGUACCCAGGAAAACAGGCACCGCAGACUCUAGCGCCUGCCGCAGCAUUCGGUAUACCUCCGCUUCGCGCGAGACUUCUCUCCACAGCCCCGACGUGGUGCCUUUCCCGAUGACAGUGUAGCCAUUGGACCAUUAUCGUGAGUUUUGGAGGAUGGCACUGAUAAGCGAUUAUUUAUUUUGGCCGGAGCCGUUCUGCCGGCUUCUCUUGCCUGCAGAUGGUCUUGAAAGGUAUAAUUAUAAACAAAUCCAAUCCGGUAAAAACAUGAUAUCAUAGAGAAAUCUUGUGUACCAUAUCCAGAUGAAGCUUGUACCUGGAGAGAGUGUAGGAGACCUCCUCGCAUCCAGGAUAAUCACACGUCCGUCCUUUUGGGAACUUCUGUUUCAAGUUAUGCGUCUCGAAGUGCCUCUGCAGCGUAUCUUUCCGGGCAUAGAUGUACCGUCUUGCGCGUGAAUGCAUACCAGGACGACCAAGGCAUACGGGGCAUUCAAGUCCACUUUUGCUCUCAAGCAGAAGAUUAUCCAAUACUUCCGGACAGCUGGGCACUUCAGGUGAAGGUUCACGAAAGUUGAUGCGAUUCUGCAGGGUUUUCGGUACCUCCAGGUGAUAGAGAGCCAGUCGCAUCUCAAGAGAUCGGAUACGAUCCUCAAGUAGCUCUGCGUCGCUGAUCUUAUCGACAUCCUGAUUCUUGAACUCAAGGUCAGCAAGGGCUUUUCUCUCCGGAACAACAUGCGAUAUGUCGGGCUCAAAGGUAAGGGGUUGCCCCUUGUAAUUUCCCUCAACAAUGUGGUUUCUGACAUGCUUGAAGAAAUUGUCAUGCUGCUCAUCUUUGGCCGUUUUAUGCAACUUCUUCCUUUUCACUCUCACCUGUCUCUGGGCCCUUUCAAAUUCAGAAUACAGGGUGGUCCCUCGAGCCUUGUGCAGCUGAUGGUAUUGUGCGAUCAGAUCACGCUGGAGUUGAUCACGUGUGCGCUUCAGGUGAGUGAGCUCAGUGAGUCACUCAAUUUCUUGUUUCUUUUCAUCACUCAAAUGUUGCGGCACAGAUGCAUCUUGGGUCAAACUCGAAUUCGUUGCGAGCUUUAUCAAAGCAUCUCUGGUUGGGGUACCUAUAAAGGUGGAUUGGGUAUUGUCCUGGACCUGAACAUAGUAUGCAAAUGUGUGACUCCAGCUGUGGCCCAUGAUAACAUUCCUGGAGUGUUCAUCUAAGUGCCCUUCACAGAUCAGCCCCUUUGCGAUAUUUAUACAAAGAACCUGGGACCUUGGAUCCAUCUUCCCUGCUUGUCGUGACUUCAUCUUCCUGGAGCUUUUUAUACGGCAAGGCACUUGUUGGAUGAGUGAUCCACCACCCUUCUGCAUCCUUCACUGCAUGAUGAAAUACUGGGAUCUCUUGGACUUCCUCCUUGAAAUGAAUAGGAGUGCUGAGUCGGUGGUUUGGCACGUGGGUGUACCACCAGACAUCCCUCAGCUCUUUAAUAUAUUCGCUAGCAAAUGCAUCAUCGCGAAAGGCAAAUUCCAAUAUGUCUUGAAUGACACAUAGGCCAAGGUUGUCAUUUCUUUCAGUAUAAGUGAAGACUGG